CAUCGUCGAGAUCCUGCUGGGUGAACGACAGCUGGGUGAGGUCAAACGCCAGCCGGCGCUCCAUAAGCCAUAUCCAGGACAUGAGCCGCCAGAGCCAUAACGCAUCCAUGGAUGGAUGGAUGGAACCGCAGAUCCUCAGUGCAACUGCAGUUACCUAACGUCCGGACAAACUCAGAUACGUCGCUUCAACUGCACCUGCAGGAGACUGAGGGUCCCGCGGGAGCCCCCACGAGCUCGCAGAAGCCGUCCGGCCAAAGAACGUCUUUUGUUGGUGUAGCUUGGCGCAAAAAGGGGGGACACUCGGCCGAAAAGAUGGACAGGAUGGAGAGAAAAGAGCUCCGAGAGUUCACCAGUCUCAGGAAGGGAUGAGACGGCGCGUGUCGAUUUUGCCUGCGGGCGCUGCGCAGGCGAGAAGGGAUGAGGAGUAUGAGGAGGAUAGGCGGAGGAAGAGAAAGACCAAGGCGCUCAGCAAAUCGCUCAUCAUCGACGCACUCAAAGACUUCGCCACGCAGGCAGGCAACGAACUCGAUAGAUGCAGAGCACAAGACGACAGGGGCUGCGUGUGUUGAUUGGUGUGUUCAUUGCAACAGGAGAAGUUCAAGCUGGUGAAUCCCUUUGAGAAGGUCACUGAUCCCUUCAGGGAGCAGAAACAGAAACAGAUCCGGGCAUUCGGCGACUACUCUUUCUGGAAGUACUACGAGAAGAUUGACGUGUCGAGGAUAUACGAUGGCGUAAGAGCCACAAACACACUGCCAACACUCGCCACGACACUCUCUUUUGCCCUCCAGAAAUCAGCUGAGUACCAGAACCUCAAGCUCAUGUUCUGGGAGACCGUCUUCUUCAUCUUGUGGCUGAGCAUCUUCACGGCUCUCGUCAUCACGUCGACAUCACAGCUGCAAUACGGCUGCCGAGCAGCGCAGGUCAGCCAAAACCCAACCAACUGCCGAUGGCUUUCUUCUGCACUGCACUGUGUGCCUUCUGCAGCUCUCGUAUUGGUCUGACUGCCGGCUGUCUCUGCCUGAGCGCCAGGAUUGCGCGGUUGACAACAUCAAGGACAUCAGCAGCUUCUGGUCCUGGCUGACGAACGACUUCACCGACCUCGCGUGGCCUUUCGAGUACGCCGUCCAUCUGCCCCCUGAUGCAUUCGGCCGCUCGAGCACUUACCAGCUCAACGAGCUCUCGAAGCCCUUCUCAAUGAGGUGACCAUCUCACUUCAUCUGCCAUCCUCAAUCGGAAACAUGCAUCAAUCCGUUUCUGGAUCAGGGUCCUGGACGACAGGGGUAUAUUCUUUCUCUUGGGUGCCAUUCGCGUCCGUCAGCUUCGUGUGCGGCCGAACGCAGGCUGCAAAGUGAGCAACGGCUUCCGGCAUGCAUUCCCCCAGUGCUACGGUGAGAAACUGCAACUCACUUUCCUCACCUGAAAGUGUGUCUCUCGCGCAGCUUUGUGGAGAUCGAGCACUGAGUCCAAACGCUACUUUGCCAAAAGGUGAGCGCUGGAUGGGCACAGCCCUGUCGCCAUGUCUGCCUGCCUUGUUAGGUGGACGCCGACCUACACACUGCCGGCUUACCGAUAUCGCACACCUAAAUGUAGGUCAUCGCCGGAUACAGGGCGUGUCCCUACACAUUUUGCUGGUGUGUGUAGACACGAAACAAAGCCGUACACGUGGGCAGUAUUCCACAUACGGUGCCGGGGGCUUUCUCUUUGACCUGCCACCCAAGUAAGGAUGAAAGCAGAGUACUGCAUCCACUGUUGACAUUUGUUUUGCCUUAGCAAGACUGACGGUGUGAUCCUCCUGCAAGACCUGAGGGAAUGGGCAUACCUCGACGAACAGACGCGGUAUAGGCAGAGGAGAUGCAGACAGGCUAUUGAAGACGCACCACCGCUUGUUUCCUGUGUCUCAUUGUCGGCAGUGCCGUGAUAAUUGAGCUGAAUGUGGUCAACCCUCACGUCAACAUUAUUGUCAACACCCGUCUGCUCUUCGAGCUUGCCCCCACCGGAGAAAUCGUGGCAAAGUAA